AUGGCCAACUGCUGGCAAGAAGGGAAGGAUCGAAUUAUGUUAGUGACCAAAGAAGACCAUGAAACUCCAAGCAAUGAAGAGCUGGUGGCUGAUGACCCCAGUGAUCCGUAUGAGGAACAUGGAUUGAUACUGCCAAAUGGAGACAUUAAUUGGAACUGCCUGUGCCUUGGAGGAAUGGCCAGUGGCCACUGUGGGGUGCAGUUCAAGUCAGCCUUUUCUUGUUUUCACUACAGCACAGAGGAUGUCAAGGGGUCAGACUGUGUAAAACAGUUCCGGGCCAUGCAGGAAUGCAUGCAGAAAUACCUGCACCUCUAUCCCCAGGAUGAUGAUGAUGAUGAUAAUGAGGAAGACAAGAAGAAGCCAGAAGGUUUUGAGAAAGCAGCUUCCACUGAGGCUACUGCAACCCAAAUGGAGAAGGGCUCAAGCUAA